AUGGCACCCAAGAACUGGACCAAGGAGCACUUCACGCUCAACACCGGCGCUAAGAUUCCCGCUGUCGGUCUUGGAACAUGGCAAUCGAAGCCUGGUGAGGUUCGCGAGGCCGUCAAGGUCGCUCUCCAGUCUGGCUACCGUCACAUCGACACUGCUCUUGCCUACGGCAACGAGAAGGAGGUUGGUGAGGGUAUCAAGGACUCUGGUGUCCCUCGCGAGGAGAUCUGGGUCACCACCAAGUUGGACAACCCAUGGCACAAGCGCGUCGAAGAGGGCAUCAACAGUUCGCUGAAGAGCCUCGGCCUCGAUUACGUUGACCUGUACCUCAUGCACUGGCCAUCAUCUACCGAUCCCGAUGACCUGAGCAAGCACUACCCCGACUGGGACUUCCGCGACACCUGGGCUGAGCUCCAGAAGCUUCCUGCCUCUGGUCGCGUCAAGAACAUUGGCGUCUCCAACUUCGCCAUCAAAAACCUUGAGAAGCUGUUCGCCGACUCGAGGUUCAAGAUCACACCCGCAGUCAACCAGGUCGAGCUUCACCCCAACAACCCUUCACCCAAGCUCCUCAACUACCUCAAGGAGAAGGGCAUCCACGCCACCGCGUACUCAUGUCUCGGUUCCACCGACUCGCCUCUCUACAAGAACGAUGAGCUCAAGAAGCUCGCCGAGAAGAAGGGCAAGACCGUCCAGCAGGUUCUCCUUGUCUGGGGUCUGCAGCGUGGUUCUAGCGUCAUCCCCAAAUCGGUCUCUGCUCAGCGCAUCCAGGCCAACCUUGAGCUUGAUGGCUGGGAGCUGACUGACGAUGAGGUCAAGGUCAUUGACUCGCUGCCUGAGCGCUUCAAGGUCUGCGGUGACUCCUGGCUGCCCGUCAAGGUCUUCUUCGGCGAUGACGAGUAA